CCAACAAGUCCGUGUCAUGUAAACAAGGGAAGUGCUCGCGAAAAUAAUAAAACCUGCCCCGGUGUACCGAGACUUCUAGCGCUAAGCAGAUGCUACGUAGUAAGACUGUGCUGCGUUAAACCUAUUCACGGGCUGCGCUGUUCCAUAGUGACGUCGUUACGGAUGCCAUAGGUUCUUGUUCUUUGCUGCUGCCUCUUAGAACUUGACAUGAUGUCUCAGCAACGUGGUGUGAAUGGGCUGCGGUUUAACCAGGAUCAGAGCUGCUUCUGCUGUGCUAUGGAGACAGGUGUGCGGAUCUUUAACAUUGAACCCCUGAUGGAGAAAGGACACCUUGAUCAGGAGCAGGUGGGCAGUGUGGGGCAGGUAGAAAUGCUGCACAGAUGCAAUCUGCUGGCGCUAGUAGGAGGUGGAAGUAAUCCCAAAUUCUCAGAUAUAUCAGUAUUGAUUUGGGAUGAUUCUCGUGAUGGGAAAGAUAAGUUGGUCCUUGAAUUUACCUUCACUAAACCUGUGCUGAGUGUGCGCCUUAGAUCAGACAAGAUUGUCAUAGCCUUGAAGAAUCGGAUUUAUGUCUAUUCUUUCCCUGACAAUCCAACUAAACUCUUUGAAUUUGACACACGGGACAACCCUAAAGGUCUUUGUGACCUGUGUCCUAGUCUGGAGAAGCAACUGUUAAUUUUCCCAGGGCAUAAGUGUGGCAGCCUUCAACUUGUGGAUCUGUGCAAUGCAAAGCCUGGCAGUUCAUCAGCACCAUUCACAAUUAAUGCUCAUCAGAGUGAACUAGGAUGCCUGGCAAUCAAUCAGCAGGGAACUCUGGUAGCUUCUGCCUCACGCAAAGGAACAUUAAUCCGUCUCUUUGACACCCAGACACGGGAACAGCUUGUGGAGCUCCGUCGAGGAACAGACCCUGCCACACUGUACUGUAUAAAUUUCAGCCAUGACAGCUCCUUUCUGUGCAGUUCCAGCGAUAAAGGCACCGUGCAUAUAUUUGCUCUAAAGGACACAAAGCUCAACCGCCGCUCAGCAUUGGCACGGGUAGGGAAAGUGGGCCCUAUGAUCGGUCAGUAUGUUGAUUCACAGUGGAGUUUAGCCAGCUUUACUGUGCCUGCAGAAUCUGCUUGUAUCUGUGCUUUUGGCAAGAACACCUCCAAAAAUGUCAACUCAGUCAUAGCGGUCUGUGUGGAUGGAACAUUUCACAAAUAUGUCUUUACACCAGAAGGAAACUGUAACCGUGAGGCCUUUGAUGUAUAUCUGGAUAUUUGUGAUGAUGAUAUCUUCUAACCCUUAAGAGUCCUCACUUCCCUUCUGAUAUUCACGUGGACAAUAUCAAAGAACCUACCUACACUUGUACAGGACAUUAUCUGUAGGAUGCAGUGUAACUGGAUUUGUUGCUCUCUGCAUUAGUGUAUAUAUAUCUAUAUAUAAAUAGUAUGUUUUAUUAGAAUAUGUGUUUGCCUUAAGCUUUACAUUUAUUAAAUAUUACAGAGGCCUUGCCUAUAAA